AUGUCCGCCGCCAUCGUCUACGGCACAUUGGUCCAAGCCGUCUCCCUUCAGUGCGCGGCACGCAUCGCUGCCAAUCCUCCUCCCAUGCACCCUACUCUCGCUUGGCUCCGGCGGCUGAAGCAUGCAAACUUUCUCUCCCGCUUUCCGCCUGAUGCCGUCCUUCACAAGGAGCCUCUCUCCGUCUGGGUCGAGCGCCUGAACACCUUGCAGAGCGAACUGAGGCGAGCGGCAGUCGAGGAGGAGCGGCGUCUCGUCGGCAGCAUCCUCUGCUCUCGCUGCUGGGAUGCGCGCACCCCCGACGCCCCGCUGCCAAGGUGGCACGAGACGUUUCCGCCCAGCAAAGGCUGGAAGCUUAACGAUCGCCCCGCGUAUCGCGAGGAGGAUGAGAAGAGUUGCGCUAAAGGCACAGUUGAGGAGGGCCAGCAGCAGGCAGCUCUGACCUCCGCAGCUUCCGGCAGCACUACCCAGCCAGACAGGACGCAAGCAUCGGACGCUUCUCCCGGCCCCGCAAGAGGAGCAGCCGAGUCGGACAAGGACCCGCUGAAGGAGCUUUGUCAGGACUGGGAUCUGGUGAUGGAUGGCAAGACUGUGGACGAAGGCGCUGACAGGCGGAUGAAGGUCUACACUUUCGCAACGAGCAGUUACUGCUAG